CGAAUACCGGGAGGGUUCAGUGUCUGACCGUUUACCGCGAUGAGAAGCCGGAGCAACUCUGGUGUCCGCCUAGAUCGAUAUGCCAAGCUGGUCCAGCAGACCAUUCUCUGUCACCAGAAUCCGGUCACGGGUUUACUGCCGGCCAGCUGUGAACAUAAAGAUGCCUGGGUGCGGGACAAUGUGUACACAAUCCUGGCGGUAUGGGGUCUGAGCCUCGCGUACAGGAAGAACGCGGACCGGGAUGAGGACAAGGCGAAGGCCUAUGAGCUGGAACAGAAUGUGGUGAAGCUUAUGAGAGGUCUUCUCCAAUGCAUGAUCAGACAGGUACGUGUGCCUACAGCUUGGCCAACAGCCGUCUAUGUACAGCCUUCAAAAGGUCUUCACAUAGUCUACACUCUGGAUGAAGUCACCUUUAUACAAAAUUUGGUCUUUUACAUUGAAGCAGCUUAUAAAACAGCGGACUUUGGGAUGUGGGAACGGGGCGAUAAGACCAAUCAGGGCAUCAGCGAGCUGAACGGCAGCUCGGUUGGAAUGGCCAAGGCUGCCCUGGAGGCGUUGGAUGAGCUCAAUCUGUUUGGUGCUAAAGGCGGCCCCCAGUCUGUCAUCCAUGUGUUGUCUGAUGAGAUCCAGCAUUGUCAGUCUAUUCUUCAGUCCAUGCUCCCGAGAGCUUCCACGUCCAAGGAGAUAGACGCCGGCCUCUUUUCCGUCAUCUCCUUUCCAGCCUUUGCUGUGGAGGACGCUCAGCUAGUGGACAUCACAAAACAGGAAAUCAUUAUCAAGUUACAGGGCCGGUACGGUUGUUGUCGUUUUCUGCGUGACGGAUAUCGCACUCCGCUGGAGGAUCCCUCGCGGCUGUACUAUGAGCCGGCGGAGCUGAAGCUGUUUGAGAACAUUGAGUGUGAGUGGCCUCUGUUCUGGACGUAUUUAAUCCUGGAUGGGAUCUUCAUUGGUGACAUGGAGCAGGUGCAGGAAUACAGAGAGGCUCUGGAAGGCGUCCUCAUCAAGGGGAAGCACGGCGUGCAGCUGGUCCCAGAACUGUACAGCGUCCCGGAAGAUAAGGUGGAAGAAGAAUAUAGAAACCCGCACAGUGUAGACCGGAUCCCCAUGGGAAAGCUUCCACAUAUGUGGGGGCAAUCCCUCUACAUUCUAGGAUGUCUGAUGUCCGAG